AUGGCCGUCGAGCGCAUCGGAUCCAUCAUCAAGCACCUGGCCCCCGGGUCGGCGCUGAACAACAUCCAGUCCAAGAAUGCCGACGACAUCGUCAUCACGCUCGCCAUUCGCACGCCCCUCUGCAAGGCCAAGAAGGGUGGCUUCAAGGACACCAGCCUCGAGUACAUGGUGUAUGCCCUGCUGAAGGAGGUCCGCCUCCGCAGCAACCUGGACCCCGCCCUCGUUGAGGACAUUGCGCUCGGAAAUGUCUCGGACGGCAAGGCCGCGUACAAGGCUCGUGCCGCCGCCCUCGCCGCCGGCUUCCCCAACACUGCCGGCGCCUACUCCGUGAACCGCUUCUGCUCCUCGGGCCUGAAGGCGACUGCCGACAUUGCCCACUCCAUCUCCAACGGCUCCAUCGAGGUCGGCAUCGCCUGCGGCGCCGAGAGCAUGUCCCAGGGCGGCGACCGCCUCGAGAAGCCCUUCGACGAGGCCGUCAUUGCCCAGAGCCAGGAGGCCGCCGACUGCAUGCAGCCCAUGGGCUGGACGAGCGAGAACGUCAGCCGCGACUUCAACAUCACGAGGGAGGAGAUGGACAAGUACGCCGCCGAGAGCUUCCAGCGUGCCGAGCGCGCGCAAAAGGCCGGCCUGUUCGACGACGAGAUUGUGCCCAUCACGACCAAGAUCCAGGGCCCCGACGGAGAGUGGAAGGAGGUGACCCUGACCAAGGACGAGGGCAUCCGUCCCGGCACGACGGCCGAGGGCCUCGGCAAGGUGCGCGCUGCGUUCCCCCAGUGGGGACCCACGACGACGGGCGGCAACGCCAGCCAAGUCACAGACGGCGCUGCUGCGCUGCUCAUGAUGAAGCGCUCAACGGCCAUCAAGCUCGGACAGCCCAUCCUGGCCAAGUACGUCGGCUCGACGGUGGCCGGCCUGGCGCCGCGCAUCAUGGGCAUCGGCCCCAGCGUCGCCAUCCCCAAGCUGCUGUCUCUUUUGAACGUGUCGCUGGCCGACAUGGACGUGAUCGAGGUCAACGAGGCGUUCGCCUCCAUGGCCGUCUACUGCCGCAACAAGCUGGGUCUGGACUGGGCCAAGAUGAACCCGCGCGGCGGCGCCAUCGCGCUGGGCCACCCGCUGGGCGCUACGGGCGCGCGGCAGAUCGUCACGGGCCUGAGCGAGCUGCGCCGGCAGAAGAAGAAGAUGCUGCUCGUCAGCAUGUGCAUAGGCACGGGCCAGGGCAUGGCGGGCCUGAUUGUCAACGAGAUGUAG